AUGUUCCCGCAGAUCCUCGCCCUCGCGUGCCUCUCGGCGCUCGUCUACCGCCAUCUCCUCCAUCCGCUGCUACUGUCCCCGCUGCGCCGCAUACCCGCCCCGCACUGGUCGUGCCACGUCUGCCCGCUCUGGAUCUACGACCGCCGGCGCCGCGCACGCGAGCUCCGUAGCGUGCACGCCGCACACCAGGCCUUGGGCCCCGUCGUGCGACUCGCGCCCAACGAGGUAUCGAUCGCCAGCGUCCAGGGCGGGCUGAGUAGGGUGUAUGCGGGCGGCUGGGAAAAGGACGGGUGGUAUGAGUUCUUUGCGAAUUAUGGCAUCCAGCCGAUGUUCGCCACGACGGGGUCUAAGCCGCACUCGACACGAAAGCGCAUGCUCAGCAGCAUCUACUCAAAGUCCACCAUCCAGUCGUCACCGUCCCUGCGUGCCGCCACCGCCGUCAUCUUGCACGACCGCCUCCUCCCGUUGCUAGCUUCAUUGACCUCCAGCGACGACAACGAUGCCGGCAAGUCCUCGGCGCCCACCAGCAUCUACCCGCUGAUCAGCGGCCUGACCAUGGACUUCGUGACGUCGCACAUCUUCGGGCUCGCGUCUGGCACCAACUUCACGCAGGACGCCGAGGCGCGAGCGAAAUUCCUGCAUUGGUACAAGUGCCGCCACGGCUACUCGUUCUGGCCGCAGGAGUUCCCGCGCUUCACGAGCUGGGUGCAGAGGUGGUUGGGGUUGCGGCUAGUGCCUGCGUUCGUCGACCAGGCGAACCGGGACAUCGAGAGCAUGACGUGGCGCAUGUGCGAGAAGGCUGCGGCCGUUUUAGCGAAGGGUGCCGAGGAGAAGACGGGCCUGGCGGCGGCGGCGGCGGCGAAGCCGGAGGCGUACCCUGCCGUGUACAGCCAGCUCUACGCUGCGCUGGAGAAGAGUUUGGCGAAAGAAAAGGGACACGGCGCCGCUAGUUGCGAACUCUCCCAACAGCGUGUGCAGAUCGCCUCUGAAGUGCUUGACCAUCUCGCUGCCGGAUUUGACACUUCGGGAAUCACGUUGGUUUACCUCGCUCAUGAGCUGUCUCAGCGGCCCGAGCUACAGAAAGCUCUCCGGUCUGAACUUCGCAGCCUGUCCACGCCCAUUUUGGCCACGUCCGCGCCCGAGAUCCCCAGCGCAAAGGAGCUCGAUUCUCUGCCGCUGCUGCAAGCUGUGUUGCAGGAAACCCUACGCCUGCACGCUGCGAUUCCUGGAAUGCAGCCACGUACGUCGCCGGCCGACGCGUCGAUAGGCCCGCCAGGGCAUGAGUACGCCGGCUUGCCGGCGAAUGUGCGCGUGGCCAGCCAGGCAUGGACGCUGCACCGUAAUGAAGAGGUCUUUCCGGAUGCGGAGCAGUGGAAGCCCGAAAGGUGGUUGGAUGGAAGGGGUGGCUUGCUCACUCCAGACAGCGAGGACGGCGGUGAGGGAUACCGAGAGAUGAUGAGAUGGUUCUGGGCCUUUGGCAGCGGCGGAAGGAUGUGUAUUGGCAGUCAUUUGGCCAUCUACCAGAUGAAGUUCAUCAUCGCCGCAAUCUAUUCGAACUACGAAACUGCUAUCGUCAGCGACGAGGGUAUCCAGCAGUCUGAUGCAUAUACUGCGCCCCCAGUGUCCGAUGAGCCCCUGAUAGUAAGCUUCAGGCGUGCAGAGUGA